AUGGUCUUGCGCAAGCGAGCUCCGCCACAUCUGUACAGCCUGAACAAGGGUAAUGCACAUUCUGAACCUCGCGCCCCGAUCUCUCAGAUCUCCCCUACCUCGAAAUCGGUAUCGUCCUCAUCCCCGAAGCGCUUGACCCGCCCGAGACGAGCUCAAAGCUCUCCACAACCCCAUCGGCCUCCCUCUCAAGAAUCCGUGUAUUCUCCGGAUCUCAAUACCUCGCCAGCAUUCGAUUUGAUGCCCUUGGAACAAGCCCAGAGAUCUCCGGUUCGAUCUUCGCCAAGUGAAAUCAUGAACCCUUGGACGGAUGAACUCGCGGAGCGACCUGACCAGGGUUAUAAUGGUUCAGGGCUGCCGGUCGCUAGCAGUGCUCCACCAAGCGAAGCGGUCGAGAAUAAGAAGGGAGAUCGUGUGCCGUCCAUUCUUGUUGCUGGUACCCAACGGAGGAUGGCUGCAAACGAAUGGCAGCAGGGGGAUGUCAACGAGGCUCCUGACUGGGAACACGUGGGAAACUCCCCUGUUCAGCUGCAGUCCAACAACCCGUUUUUGAAGCCAAGACAACCCGAACAGAACCCAUGGGAUGAUAGAAACCCUCGUCCAUUUUCCGAAGCAACAUCUGUAUCCCAUGAUAGUGCAAAUGCUCGUCUAGGACAAGAUGAGGGAUAUAUUCCGAUGACUGCGCGCUUGUCUCUUUUUGACCAGUCCGCAGAGUCCCCAUGGGCCGAAGAACGCUCUAAUCCUGCAGUACAUCCGCCAACUCUGCAUGAAAACCAACAACCUACAGAAGAUCCAUCAUACCCCCUUCAAUCAACGUACGGAGGUGCGAAUGCUCCGUCUCCUUUCCCACAGCCUCAGGCUACUCCUCCUUAUGACACUCAAACCACGUAUUCUCAACAGCAUCAGCGAGAAGAUCAAGCCAAUGGCCUACCAAGAUAUGAGACAGGUACUUCCGCACCUGCGAUCCUGGGGUCCUCUCAUGCGCUCAUUGAUAUCGACGAGUCGGCGAAUACACAUAUACAAGCUAGCGAGCAUCGAGCAACAUCAUCUGUGUAUUCCGACCAGAACGGACGCCAGCAGCGUUCAAUACCGUCGCGGGACAGUCAGUCAGGCGCUGCACCACCUCUCCCAGAACGCUCGAGCGUUUCGCAGCCCAGUCAACUGUCAUCUGCUCCUCCAAUCUCCGAGACCGAAGCGAAGAGGCAGCAGGAGCAAAGAUCUGAAACAUAUUCGAUCAGGCACGUCAAUUGGAUUGACGCCACAGGAAAGCUGCGCGAUUGCCCGGUUCUCGCGCAAAACCAAAACGGGCCAUGUCCAUUAUUAGCGCUAGUCAACGCUCUCGUGCUGCGGUCAAGUCCGGAGUCUCAGCCUCCUAUCGUCAGAGCCCUACAGACGAGAGAACAGAUAUCUCUAGGUCUCUUGAUUGAGGCACUGUUUGACGAGUUGACGACUUGCUCUGGGCCGGAUGACGAGCUUCCAGAUAUCGAAGCCCUAAGUCGAUUUUUAACUAUGUUACACACGGGCAUGAAUGUCAAUCCAAAGCUCACGCUGGAGUCUAGUGAUUCGGUAGGCACAUUUCUAGAGACUAGUGAUAUUAAGUUCUAUGCCACUUUUGGCGUACCGCUAGUGCAUGGCUGGAUCGCGGAACCGUCUACGGAGAUUGACGGGGCGUUGACUCGGGUUGCAAGCUUCUACGAAGACAUUCAACUUCUUCCUUUCCGUAAACAAGAGCUUGAGGAUCGUGUAUACCAAGACGGGUCGCUCACCCCAGAGGAAGAGCAAGUCAUGCAAGAUAUCCACACCAUUCAGCAAUUCACAGACAUCGACAAUGCAACUCAGCUCAGCACAUUCGGGCUUCAACACUUGAAGGGACGGCUGCCGCCGGGUUCGUUAUCGAUUCUCUUUCGUAAUGACCAUUUUUCUACCCUCUACAAGCACCCGCAGACCCUUCAGCUUUUCACGUUAGUGACUGAUGCUGGGUACUCCCAUCGUGCGGAAAUUGUAUGGGAGUCUCUCAUUGAUGUCAAUGGGUCGAAAUCUGGCUUCUUUGCGGGCGAUUUUCGCCCUGUCGGUCAUACCUCGACUGGAGCGUCCGACCCAUCUGGUCCACGAACAUCCAGUAAUACUGGUAACUCUGGAAUCUCCUCGUCAGCCUCGCACGACCAGCAAGAUAGAAAAUUGUCGCCACAAGAGCAGGCUGAUGCAGACUAUGCCUACGCUUUAUCCCUCCAACUCCAGGAGGAAGAGCAGCAAGCCAAUGACCGAACUACUGGUAGCCGUAACCAGCGAGUUUCCGCCCCAGUCCAGCCUCAAGGGUAUUCGGGGGUACCACCCCCUACGCGUCAUCGCUCUACAGGGCAUCGUCCUUCACGACAACCUGGGCGAACCUCUCCACCUCGUGACACUAAUGAUGUCCCGCCGCCUUCCUAUGAACAGGCAGCUAACAGCCCGGCUUAUCAUUCCCCCCCGGGAGGCUCUAAUCAUAGGAAUUCACCUUAUAUGGCUCCAUAUCAGAGAGCACAGUUCGGACGACGACCGCCAGGUGUGCCUAUUACAACUGGACCUUCGGAUCGCGCUAAGGACCGGAAUAAGGACUGUAUUGUCAUGUGA